UCUUCGGUGUUAUCAUUUUUACAAUGCUCAAGCGUUUGCCAAAUUUAAAAGUUGUGCAGCACCCGUUUAAGAAGAGGAUUCUGCACGUCCAAUCGCCAUUCCAAAAUUCCAAGUCUGUUCCUAUUCAGAAAGUUGUGAACAAUGCCAAGCUGGAGCCAGAAACGGAACUCCGAAGAAAUGUGCCAUAUGUAAUAGAAGACCAGAAUUAUAGAUACAAAGAAGGCAAAAUUUAUCACGGAUUUCAGUGCGAACGUAUCGAGUCUAUCCCCGAUUAUGGGCUUAUGUCGUGUACCCUUCGACAUCUUGGCACGGGAACUGAGUUCUGGUAUCUUGAUAGGAAUGAUGUCCAUAAUGUAUUUUCCAUAAAUUUCCGCACUACGCCGUUCGACUCAACGGGUCUACCCCAUAUACUAGAACAUAUAACUUUAUGCGGCUCUAAAAACUAUCCAGUUCGGGAUCCCUUCUUCAAAAUGCUUAAUCGAUCAGUUGCAACGUUUAUGAAUGCAAUGACUGGACCAGAUUACACACUAUAUCCAUUUUCGUCGAUGAAUGAAGUGGAUUUUAGAAACUUGCAGAAGAUUUACUUGGAUGCCGUAUUCAGGCCAAACUUGUUGCAUCUAGACUUUCUGCAAGAAGGAUGGCGUCUUGAGCACGAGGAUUUGCAUAAUCGCGACUCUGACAUCGUAUUUAAAGGUGUCGUCUACAAUGAAAUGAUAGGAGCCCUCUCAGACAACGCCCGAUUAUUUAAGCAUAAGAUGGUUAAUCACAUUCUUCCCAGUCACACGUACGGUCACAUAGCGGCAGGCGAUCCCCUGGAGAUUCCCAAGCUUACGCACAAGGAUUUGGUCGAGUUUCAUCGCAAAUACUACCAUCCAAGUAAUGCGCGCAUCUUCUGCUACGGCUCCUUUGACCUGGAGAAAACUCUUGCCUUUGUCGAUAAGGAAUACCUAUCUCACUAUGAGUUUAUUGACAAUGCCUAUAGUUAUGUUUCCCCGCAUGAACGCUGGUCAGAGCCUCGUAUUGUCCACGUUCCGACUAGACUUGAUUGCAUGGGUGCCAGUAUUGACCGGCAGAACCAAAUUGCAAUUGGAUUGCUUACGUGCGAUAUAACCGAUAUACAGGAGUGCUUUGAACUCAAAGUACUAUCAGAACUGAUGAUUCGAGGCCCCAACUCCGCCUUCUAUAAGAGUUUAAUAGAGCCUAACUUCUCUGGCGGCUACAUCACGGGAGCAGGGUUUACACCAAAUUGCAAGGAUACGUUUUUCUUUGUAGGCUUGCGGGAUCUUAGGAUUGAUGAUUUCGAAAGGUUCAAUGAUCUCUAUGAUCAGACGGUGCAUAAAGCUAGCCAGGAAGGCUUUGAGUCUGAGCAUAUUGAAAGCGUUCUCUGCAAUUUGGAGUUGUCUCUAAAGCAUGAAAACGAGAUGUUCGGCAAGCAUCUUCUAUAUAAAACGGCUAUACCGUGGAAUCACGGGGGCGACGUUGUCUCGUGUCUGCGAGACUCGAACAUGUUGGCAACGCUGCGAGGAAGAUUAAAGGAGAACUCCAACUAUUUUCAGCAGAAAAUUGAAAAGUACUUUUUAGAUAAUACCCAUAAGCUUACACUUACAAUGUCUCCUGACGAAAUGUGCGAGAUCAAACGGAAGCUAUCUGAAGCAAAGUUGCUCCUACAGAAAUUAAAUGAAAUCAGCGAUGAGGAAUAUGAUAAUAUAUAUGAGAAUGGCAUCAAGUUGGAGGUCGCACAAAAGAGCCCAGAAAAUAUUGAAGUGCUGCCGUGUCUAUCAAUAAAUGAUGUAAAGGACCCUAUAAAGUGUCCCCAAAUGGAAGAGACAACUGUUCAAAAUGUUCCCACGCAGUUCUGUAAGGUGUCCUCGAACGGAAUAACCUACUUCAACUGCUUCUUUAAUAUCACAGGACUCAGUCAAGAUGAUGCUAUGCUAGUACCUUUAUUUUGUCAUGUGAUUAGUGAAAUGGGCACUUCUAAUCACGACUUUCGAGAAUUCGAUAGACUUCGUCUUACAAAAAUGGCAACAUUUACUUGUGAUACCAAGGUAGUUGAGAAUGUGUUGGACGGUAAGUCAUAUCGUCUGGGAUUGAUAAUGACGACACACGCACUCGACAAGAAUGUUUCCGAUAUGUUUGAACUAUGCGAAGAGUUGAUGCUCAAUUUUAAGUUCGAGAAUACAAGUCGGCUCAGCAUGCUUAUUGAGAAUUAUAUUUCUAAGCUGUCACUUAAAAUUGGAUCAUCUGGGCACUUGUUUGCCAUGCUGAAUUCCUCAGGGUUGGUAACAAAUGCAGCCAAGUUGAAAUCCCAAUUAGCUGGGGUCUGUCAUAUCGACUUAAUGAAGGAGUAUGUUCAACAAAAUAGCAUUGAGGACAUUCAAGACAGGUUAAGGAAUAUUGGCGCAAUGGUCUUCAGCAAGAACAAUUUGCGGGUUGCCAUUAACAGCUCGGCUGCACAUCAAGCUACUGUCUUGGAGCACUACGAAAGAUUCCUGAACAAGUUGCCAACUCUCGAAAAGUCGAUUGAUAAUACCGAACUUCAUUUGCUGGAACCCUCGACUCGACACUUCAUAAUGAACAAACCCCUGAGCUACUGCGCCAAGUCGUUCUCGGCCGUUCCGUAUGUACAUGAAGAUCAUCCAGUAUUGCGUGUUUUGGCCAAGUUCUUGACUGCUAAGUACCUGUUACCUGUGGUGCGUGAACAGAACGGAGCUUAUGGUGCAGGUGCUAGGAUAGGAUUCGAUGGUCUCUUCAGCUUUUACAGUUAUCGGGACCCACACGCAAGAAAUACUAUCGAGGUAUUUGAUAAGACUUACGAGUGGCUGCAAUCCGAAAGCUAUAAACUUGACCAACAAGCACUCUUCGAGGCUAAGCUGGGAGUCCUGCAACUCCUAGACUGGCCAACUGGACCCGGAGACAUUGGCAUGGAUAACUUUGUCUUGGGCGCGUCCUAUGAUAUAUAUUCAAGAUAUCGCUCUCGAGUGCUUAAUGUAACUGUGGACGAUGUGCGAGCAGUGAUUGAAAAGUACUUUAAGGAGGAACCAAAACACUUUGGAAAAUGCAUUUUAGGACCGGAAAUUGAAGAAAAUGAAACCAGUGAAGGUGUUGAAAUAACAUCAUAACUUAAAAAAAAAUAUCUCGUACAAAAUAUGCUCUACGAUAAUAUUUUAAUAUAAAUUAAUAUUGUAAAUGCAUAAAUCUAUUGUAUACUUUUAGCUGUAUUUUGUUUAUGCAAAUCAUAUUUUCAAGUGAGAUUAUUAAAUAAAAUUUGACAACAAUAGAA